AUGUUACAAAACGAUCAAUAGUUCAUUCUUGUUUUCAUCCCUGACAAUAAGCAAGAUUCGUUGCAUCAACUUCAAUCAGAGAAUCCAAUAGUCUAAAAAACACCAAAAGGUUUGUAAAAUGCAGUGAGACUGAACUAAUUGUCUGUGAUAAAUUUGUUCAUGAAUGGAAUAGCAAUGUUUAUGAUGAUAGUUGUGGCAACACAAACAGCUUACUUUUACCCCUGGUUAUAUGUAGUUGAAGACAUGUGCUUCAACAAGAAUUGUGGACUGCAUUCAUUACUCUUUGCCAUUCAGAACUUGGCUACUUAUAGCUUACUGAGUACACCCAUGAAUUUUUACAUAUAUAGAGUCAGCUCUCAAAAUCAAGUAGAGCUGAAAGAAGAUGUUUCUACUUUAAAACUGGUCUCUGCUGGAUUUGUAUUAACAUACAUUAUUCUCAUUUUCCCACUACCUUUUUACUCGUAUUUUUUCACGUACUCAAACACUGCAUCAUUCUUCAACUUGACUUUUGGAUUUGAUUUCUUAUUUAUUGCUUUGAUCAUUUGGGAGUCAGUGAUUUUCUUUUUGGCAUCAUUUAAUGCAUGA